AACCUCCCCACGUUCCCUCCUCCAUGUUCAAAGGUAUACUACCUAAGCGCAUCGCGUCCUCCGACUUCACCAUGGUCACACCUCUUGGUGAGGCUCCUGCCAAUGCACCCAACAAGGAGAAUCAGCCCGGUGUGAAUGUCGCGAAGCAAGUGCGACCGCCCCCCAGCGGGAAAGGGAUUGUACAGAGUCGGAAGAGGGCUGCUACUACGGCGACUCAGAAAGAUAAUAUCUCGAUUCCCAAGCCUGAAGAGAGCAUGGAGGAUGCGUUCGACAAACUCUUGGAAGAUCUGCAAAUACCGACAUCCCUGCGACCAAAACUUCUCGGCAUGGAGUCCAACGUCAAAGCUGCGAUGCUCAAAUCUUCUCAGACCAUCACCCCUGCAUCGCUAAGCAGCAUGGGCCUUCCAAUGCCACCCCCUACCGUAGCCCCCCUCACGCCCCGCUCCGCCUCUGCCCUGCGGCGCACACGCAGCACCGAGACACUGGACUCCCCACGACGCGUGAAAUCUGGAGUCGCAGACGACUCGUUUGAGUUCGUGCAGCCACGCGCGCCUGCGCUGUUCGCCGAGUCCGCGCAUAACGCGUCUUCCACGUCCCUCGCAGGCGGCGGCGCGGGGUCGCGCAAGUCCAGUGCUCACUCACGAGGGCCAUCGUUCGAUACGAGUCGACUGCUGUCGAUGUCGCUGUCGCGGAGCCAGGUGCAUCUGCCUAUCUCAGCAUCCAUGGUCGACUUGACGGGCAGGCCGCCGGCAGCGCGCACUGCGGCCAAGGCGAAGGAUCUUUCUCCGCAGCGCUUUUGUAGCGUGUUGACGGGCCAGUCGAGUACGGAGCUGGAUAUCGAGGUUGUGAAGAAGCUCAGGCUUAUGCUCAGGAAUGAGUCGGCAAGCUGGUCGGAAGAGUUCUUGUCGCUGGGAGGUUAUUCAGCAUUGCUGACGCGCCUGAACGAAAUUCUCGAGGUCGAAUGGAGAGAGGAGCAACAUGGGGAUCAAAUUCUCCACGAAUUGCUACGCUGCUUCAAAGCACUGUCCACAUCUGCAAUCGGAUGCUUUGCACUGAGGAGCUCAUGUCCGACACCUUUCGCGCAACUCGUGAAGCUACUGUUCUCUGAUAAGAAACCCGGCGACGUGUCUACCCGUCAAAUCAUCGUCGAUCUCCUGCUCGUCCUCUUCGAGCUAUAUCCAAACUCAUCGCUUCCCGCAAUGGGCGGCCGGGGUACUCCGCGACGCGAAGUCUGGGAGACACCCUCGACAGUGCUGCCCUCCAGCAGUCUGAUCACUCUUCCGACACCUCACAAGACACUUUUUUCACUCUUCCACGCGCUUUUGCUCACUCCUGCACCGCCACCUGCUGAAUGCCCGACGACACCGAUUUCGCCUCACGAGUUCAUCGAAUCGUUGCACCAGCCUCGAAUCUACAAGACUUAUUUGCAGGAGUUGUCGGAUGUAUGCCGAGACUACUUUUGGGUAUUCUGUCACCCGAGCAACACGAUCUGGAUUCUCUCGGAGACGGACGAGGCAAGAGUGGAGAAGCCUCGGGCGCCAGGUGGGAUGACUGGUGGAGUCGAGUUUGAGGCCAUGGGGUACUUUGUGGGUCACAUUUCGCUGUCCUCGCACUGCUUCUUGACCAUUCAACAGACGACACACCUGAGACUGAUCAACGCUAUCAGCAAGUCUGUCGCAGAGCUGAACAUGCCCAAAGAGCACGAACACUCCGCCUUCCGUUUCCACCAAGAUUUGUUCUUAUCUGGCUUUGAACGGAUCAUAUUGAUCUCACGCAAAGCAUCCGCGACGUACUAUCCCACACUGCACCUCGAGCUCGCCCGAUAUGUCGCGCACUGCGCGAGAGCUGGGUACGAGUUGCCGUGGCCUGUUUCUCGUCUCGUCGGGCUGCCGCCAGCUGGUCUCGUCAAGCCCAAGGCUGGAUCUAGUAGUGGUCGAAGCACGCCGGCGUUGAGCUCGCCGACGAAACGCAGUAAGGCCCCAGCGUUGCCCUCACCGCGUCGGGUUGAGCCGUUGAAGAUGAACUGAUGAUCUUAUGAUAAGUAUGCGUAUUUUUGCUUUUUCUAUGUUGUCGUUUGCAGAUUAGAUGCCCCGAGUGUACCAUCAUGUCAUGUAUUCACGCCCAGAAAGUCGUACCAGCGUCACAGAUCUGGCCAGAGGCAUUCGAAAAUGACUCCUCAGAGCGUGAAUGUCCGAAGAGGUAUUGCAUUUGCUGGACAUGCACUCAUUAAUACAAGUGAGUGAUACCAUUAUCUGUCGGCGCUAGUAGGUUGCGAUGGAACAACAGGGAGAGCAUCGCUGGUUUCGAAAGAUCCACUGGCUCAGAUGACGGAACCCGCAUGCGCAACCGAAAGACUACGCCUUAGUGGCAUUCUCAGGAGCUCUCCAGGAGACUGGUCGAUAGCCAUGGGAUACCCAAGCAGGAUUCAGGGUGAAUAAUCCAAACCCUCCCUGCUCUUUAUGAAGGACCAUUCUUGGCGCAUAGAUCGAUUGAGUGGACUGAGAGAUGUAUACAGUGCCUCCGCACUGGGCAAUGCGUGAUUUCCAUGUGAAAGUGGAUAUAUAUUGCGGACGUUGAUGUGGCGGUUGGGUGAUUGCAGUUACUGAGCCUCAGAGAUGUAAAACAAUGGUGGAGAGUGGACGAAAAGCGAAUAUGUACAGCCGCGCUGGUGGGACAGUGCUCUUCCUUGAUAUGCCCGAGAGAUCUGAAGAAGGGGAGUACUCCGGCCAGUCCAGCGAACACUGCUUAUUGACGAAGUGCACGACAUCGCUUGAAUUUGGUUGGACAGACAGGCUUGAAGCAGGGAGGGAGACUGGAACGAAGACAAUGUCCAUAGCAUAAUAGUCCUGCAGCUGGUCGUGGUGUAUCUUCACACCGAUCAUUGAUAUG